GGAGCUUCGAAAGUCUGAACCAACCAAACACGCAUAAUCUCUCUCUAUCCUACGGAGAUGCCCUUUCCAAGGUCAUCCAUGGCUAUAAAAAGAGGCUCAACCCAAGUCCUCUUACCAUUCUCAUCAAUCAAUCUUUAGUAGUGAGGAAGCAACUUUGUCGUGCAAUGGAGAUGAAAGCUUCUGUCAUAGACAGCACAGAGACAGCAGAUGUCUCCUUGAAAGAACUGCAAUUCAGGCUUGCUGAGUUUGCCAGAGUCAGAGAUUGGGAUCAGUUUCACAGCCCUAGAAAUCUUGUUCUUGCACUUGUGGGAGAAGUAGGAGAACUUUCAGAGAUAUUUCAAUGGAAAGGAGAAGUUGCAAGAGGGCUACCCAAUUGGAAUAGUUCUGAUAAAGAGCAUCUUGGAGAAGAGCUCUCAGAUGUGUUAUUGUAUUUGGUCCGUUUGGCUGACAUCUGUGGGUUGGAUCUUGGCCAGGCUGCUCUCAACAAGCUUGUCAAGAACGGCCAAAAGUACCCAGUUGAACGAUUCCAUAAACAUGCAAUCCAACAAGGGUUGGAUGUAACUUCUGAAGAUCAGUACUCCAAUGGGUAUCACUGAAAAUGAUCAUUUGUUCAGUGACACCAAUCAUCAACACAAGAAUCAGAGAAAGCCAAUGUGUUGUAGAUGUGUUUUCAAGCAUUGAUAUCUUUCUCCUCAGCUGGUGGGUCUGGGUCUGUUUUUUUCUUAAUAGAAUUGUUGGUUUUUCAGUCUCGUGAAUGUUAAAAGAACGAUCUAUCUAUCUAUCUUAAUGCAAACAAAAUUUUCUUCA